AUCACACAAAAACGGGAAUAUGUUUUCGUGUGAUUUCUUACGCAAGUUCCUGUAUUAGCCCGCGAAAGUCGAUUAUUAUUAUGUAGUAGGUACCUAUAGACUUUUCUUAAUUCAUAUAUCUAUUUAAUAUAAAUACUUCUUUAUAUUAGCAGAAUAUCUCGGACGUCACUGUCAAGAGAUUCAUAAUUCUUUUGUCAAAAAAUAAACAAAAUAAAUACAUGAUUUUGUAAGUCGGUUGAUCUACACCCGUUCGUUUCAUGUUUAUAAAUAUUUACAUAUAUAUAUUUUAUUUAGAGUUUUCUUUUAUUCAGAUUUUUCUUUUAUAUAUUGCGCAUAUUUAAACAUAGUAGAUUAGAAAAAACUUUAAAAUUAAAGUGUUGGCUGGAUAUAUAAGCAGCUCGAGGUUCUUUUUUUGGUGGAGGAGUAAGGUGACGCGAGGGUAUUUGAUUAGUUAAGUUGGUUAGCAUGUCACAAAUAAAAUUGAUGAGCCGCGCCGGGCGCGUGGUCUCCGGCGCCACGGCGGAGCUUGGGGAGACCCUGGCGGUGCAGUCACAAGCGCGACACACCCCUAUCAGGACCAUGUGCUGCUCAAACGAGAAGACCCUCACUAUGGAAACGCUAAAUCCCAAAAUUAUAAAGCUGCAGUAUGCAGUGCGUGGACCUCUUGUAGCACGAGCUGCAGUCAUUAAAAAAGAACUUGAAAAGGGAGCGAAGAAGCCAUUCAAGACUGUGAUAAAUGCAAAUCUGGGAGAUGCGCACGCCAUGCAGCAGAUACCCAUCACCUUCAUCAGACAGGUCAUUGCUUGUGCGGUUUACCCUGACCUGAUAAAAACUGCAGACUUUCCAGACGAUGUUAAAGAAAGAGCUCAGUCGAUACUGAAAGCAUGUGCUGGUCAAAAGUCAGUGGGCGCAUACACAUCAUCGUACGGCAUGGACAUGAUUCGCAACCAUGUGGCGGAGUACAUCGAGUGUCGAGACGGUCACCCCGCUAAAUGGGAGAACGUCGUCCUGUGCGCCGGCGCAUCCAGCGGCAUCAAGCACUGCCUCGAACUGUUCUGCAACAAGGUCGACGGCAAGGACACCGGAGUGCUGAUCCCGAUCCCUCAGUACCCGCUGUACUCGGCAACAUUGGCGGAGUAUGGACUGGGACAGGUGGGCUACUACCUGGAUGAGAACAAUGGCUGGGUACUAGAUGUGGCGGAGCUGGAGCGGGCUAUGUGCGAUGCCAGCGACAAGUAUGCAGUACGAGCCCUCGUCGCCAUCAACCCCGGGAACCCCACUGGGCAGGUGUUGAAACGAGAAAACAUAGAAAAAAUCAUAAAGUUUGCCAAAGAGAAUUCUUUGAUGAUAUUCGCAGAUGAAGUGUACCAGGACAACGUAUACGCCAAGGGCAGCAAGUUCUAUUCUUUCAAGAAGGUGAUGACGGAGAUGGGUGCCCCGUACAACACGGUGGAGCUGGCGUCGUUCAUGUCCAUCAGCAAGGGCUACAUGGGCGAGUGCGGGCUGCGCGGCGGCUGGAUGGAGCUCUGCAACCUCGACCCCGACGUGCAGGCCAACCUCUACAAGGCCAUCUCCGCCAUGCUCUGCCCAAGCACGAUUGGACAGAUUGUCGUCGAUUGCAUCGCGCGGACGCCGGCUCCGGGUGACCCUUCCUACGAGCAGUGGGAGUGCGAGAAGUCCAACACGCUGGACUCGCUCGCCAAGAGAGCUAAGAUGAUCGUCGAAACCUUCAACAAGAUGGAAGGCUUUAAGUGUAACGUUGUACAGGGUGCGAUGUACGCGUUCCCGCGCAUCCAGCUGCCCAAGCGCGCCGUGGAGGAGGCGAAGAAGGCCGGCGUGCCCGCCGACGGCUUCUACGCGAAGCGGCUGCUCGAGGAUACCGGUAUCUGCAUAAUCCCCGGGUCCGGGUUCGGACAGAGUCCCGGCACAUACCACUUCCGCACCACCAUUCUGCCGCAGCCGAAGCUGCUGAAGGAGAUGCUCGUCAUCUUCCAGGCCUUCCACCAGAAGUUCACCAAGGAAUACGCGUAAACGAUUAUCUUGUUCUCCCGAUGAGAAUGUAUAGAUGAACGUAAUCAGAAACAUGUAGGUAGGUAUUUUAACAGGUCUGUGACUUUUAUACGAGAAGCAUUUGUCUAUCUGACCGCACCAACCAGGUUAUAUUUUACAUAUUACCCCUUAGUGAGCCUGGUCAACGGAAUACCACACCAACUUUUACUUUAAAUUUGUUAAAACAUAUAAAAAGUCAACUACCUAGAUACCUAAUGGAAAUAAUCUAAGAAGUACGUUAUGACGUUAAGUUUAGUGUCGGGGUUGACAAUUAUCGAUUCCAGAUUUCCUGAUAAACGAAUUCACGGUAAAAUAUAUUAUGCGAAUAUCGAGGGUUAACUAAGAAAAAAUACAAAAAAUAACUAUUUAUGUGAAUUUCCCGCUGUCAAUAGCAGCAUCUCCCGUUGCGCUCUCGAUGCACACUGACCACUUCAUCGCAUCAAUUCUUGAGUUAAACUCUGGUGUACCAUCACUUGAGCUAUCGUCUAACGCCAGGCAUUCACCUAUGGCCAAUGUCCAUUAUCGCGAUAAUGAAUGGCAUUUCCCGUUAGUAUUGCCCCAGCAUUAAGCUGUCACUCAAAAAUUGAGAAUUAUGGUAUUUCAAACUGUGACAUGAUUUCUAUUCUUAUCUUGUUUCAUGAGUCAAAUAUAACGUACUUUUUAAAUUAUUUCAAUUUAUUGUAAGUUGUGGGCACGAAGGUAUCUCCACAUGACCGCGGACUGAUGAACGCUGCGGCACUAAAUCAUUAUUUCGUGGAUGCGGCUUCAUGCAGUGACUUAGCCACGAGGUUCUUCCUGUUGGCGGCAAUGCAAUAUUUUUCUCUAGAUAAGUGGUCGUCACACUUCUAUGAUAAUGUGUGGCAUCACUGCGAGUACUUGCUGCCCACACACUUUUAGACUGUUUAGUAGACCACCAGUAAACAAAUCUGACUUAUUUAAUAUAAAUUGUCAAAAGUGAUUGUCCCAAAGAUAAAUCAAUUUUAUAAUUUUUAUUUAUUUAUACUGAAUUAUAGCUAGGAACAGACGUGAAAACAUAUCUUUAAUGAAAUAGAUGAUAAAUGUAUUACCUACAUCGUAUCUAUAAUGAAAAUAUGGGAAUUAUAUUAUAUUUAUAAUCUUA